UGCCGUGUCUUUCGAACUAACUAGCAUAAGCAAAGCUGAAACCCCUACUACCCUGGUUGCUUUCAAUCAUAACGAAUCAACACAAUGAAGUUUCGCAUUCUUGUUUUACUACUAGUUCCUCUGUUUUCGUUGGCGAGAGCCGUGCCGGAAAUUUCCGUCGAGUCCGACCUUGGCCAGCAUCUCUUGGCCAACGCGCGUCGCGUACAAGAGGGCGAGAACAACAACAACAACAACGAAGCAAUCACGUUCGAAUGGGUUGCGGGUUAUUCCGUCAAGUUUCAGGGUUGUCAUGUUGUGAAGCAGUGGAACGACAACGCCAAUAACGAAAACGAUGUCCGCAUUAGCUCCCAAGGACUCGUCCGUUUCCGUCUCUGUCCCAGCUCACAGUGCUCCGCCAACAAGGCAUCGGGCUGCUCCAAAGGAUACGGAGACUAUGUGAUCGGUAUGAGCGAAUUCCUGAGUUCCUUUUAUGAAGCCAAGAGUCGCGAAAUAGAAUACGAUUGUCAGUACUACUUGCAGAAUAAGUGCAGUUGCCAGGACACCGAUGACAAGGACGAUGGCUUCAAUGCCGACUAUUGCGAGUACGAUUGCUUCAAUAACAGUGGCAUGACUGAGUGUGUGGAUCGUAACCCGUACCAAGACGAUGGACAAAAUCAGAACCAACAGUUUAACCUUGAAAACUACAUGCAAUGCACCGCGGUUCGUCUAAACAACAACAAUAAUGGCGGUGGUGGACAGCGUGUACUUGAACAAAAUGGAGCCUCUUACUAUGUUGGACCGUACUGUUCCGAAAAAGGUGGAUCUAUUUAUUUGGGUCUUUUUACAGAUGACUCAUGUACCAAUGCUGCCACAGACACAACCUUCCAGACUCUGGUCGGUUUCGAACUACCCUACUCGACUUCAUCCAUCGUAGGAGCCGAUUGCGUCUCUUGUCUCGAACGAGAAUACAACCAACAAGAUGACCAGAAUAACCAAGCUGACGCGAAUGAUGCGGCCGACAUCGACGCCGUUUCGGAAUCCUGUGAGACUCUCUACCAGAAUGCCGGCAAGUGCGAGAACAGCCUGGCUUCCGGUAUAGUUGAUGACCCCAAUACAAGCGCAUGUACCUACAUGGAAGGCAUUCGGGUCGUUCGUCAAGACGGAAUCAUCGACACCGGUUCGUCUCGUUCUUCGGCCGUAGCAACGGCCUUGAUUGUCAUUUUUGCCAUGGCUUUUUGUGCAAUGGCUUUUUACGUCUGGUAUCUACGUACCCGUCUGGGUGUCAAGCAGAAUACUCUACUGUAA